UAUCACACAAGAUAACUUAUGCAAAAAAACUCUGAGAGCUAGAAAGCUUCUUAUGUUAUUCGGAAAAGAUGGAGUUGGAAUAGAUAAAAUUAAGCAAGUCACUUAUAGUGCAAAUGAGAUUUCAAAACUGACUAAUGUCCAGAUCCAAAAUAUUAUAAAUCAAGUAACUUUAAAAACCAUUUCCUCAGGGAACGAUCAGACUAAUGCAGAGAUAAUGGCACCAAACAAAAAUCACCUUUAUCAGUAUGCCAUCGAACAUGGAAUAAAUUCCAAAGAAUUUUCGAUUAUUACAGGGGCUGAGAAAAAUAGAUGGACCACAGGAUGUUUUCGUAGGGAUUUGGAAAGAGAUAUACGUUUUUAUCGUGAUGGAAUAGAAAGAAAAGAAGACUCUAGAAAAUAUUAUAAAUUUUUAACAGAUCAGGAGAGGCUAGUCAGUGAAGAGUUAUUAUAUCGCAAUAUACUAAAAAGUGGUUUGAGUACUGCAUGGCUCGAUAAUCUUAUAGAAGAAUGGGAAAAAAUCUAUGCUCAAUUCAUACAGAUAUCUUUUGAGGAGAAAACUUUAUUUGUACCGAGAAUAAAUGUUCAGUCUUUGCUAUCAAAAUCUCGACCACCAAUUUCUGUUCUAUCUAAAGACCCAGAAGAAAGGCAACAACACGUUAUUGAAAUGUUACCUCCUACCAUAUCUGUUUCUCCUACUUCUACGUUGACGAUUGGAAUUAGAUGUCCUUUGGCUAGGUCUUGGAUUGGGCGGUGUUUGGGGGACAUAAUAGUUCUCGGAAAGGUUACUAUCAUUAGUCAUAGAGGUGGUGGUGUUAUUACUCGUGGUGGUGGCAUCAUUAGUCUUGGAGGUGGUAUUGGUGUCAUUAGUUGUAAGG